UCAUAUACACUGUAGAAGAAGAAACAGCACAGGAGUGCUAGCAGCUAGCUUAGCUAACAUAUUUAAAGUAACGUUAGAGCAUGGACUAAAGACGCCUUUUAAAGACCCUGAGCCUUUGGACACUCACAGCUAUGGAGAAAACGUUCAGUCAGUGGAAGAAGCAGUGUGUGAACAAGCUGGACCUGAGUAAGAAGGGCAGUGUGGAUGCGGACAUUGAACAUGUAGUGUCUCUGCUCAACAGCUGUGAGCAGUACUUCACCACCAGCUCCUGCUCCGGGAGAACCAUCCUCAUCGACGGGGCUCCGGAGAGCAGUGAUGUCCAGAAACAGAACUGUGUUUGGCUGUUUGUCUCACACCAGAAAUGCACAUCUGAUGACCUGGUGUCUGGUCUGGCCAGGUCCAGAAGGGAUGCAGUGUUGAAGUUCGAGCCCUUUGUGCUCCAUGUUCAGUGUAGGCGACUGGAGGACGCACAGCUGAUGCACUCAGUGGCCAUCAACUCAGGCUUCAGGAACUCUGGACUCACUGUCAGCAAGACAGGAAAAAUCAUCUCGGCAGUCCGUAGCACCCACGGCCUGGAGGUUCCUCUCAGUCAUGAAGGAAAGCUCCUAGUUGAACACGAAUACAUACAUUUCCUGGCUCAGAUAGCCAAUGAGAAGAUGGAGGAGAACCUCAGACGGAUCCACAGGUUCUACCAGAAUCUCCAGUCAGCCCUGCCUACAGAGAAGCUCCAAAGACUACAAAUCCCAGAUCCCCCCGUGUCACAGGAACUACAAGAUCCCCCUCACAGACUGGAGACAGAAAAGGAGAAGAACGAAACAAGUGUGUAUAAAAGGAGGCGGAAGAGAGAACAACACCAGCAGACUGACUGUUGCCAUGGCGAUGGGUCCAGCAGCCAGGUGCCAGACCUGGACGACUGUCUGGAUCUGUUCACGUGAAGCAGUGUCGCUGCUAACACACUCCAUCACUGCCUGGAUAUUAGUGUUUUAGUCAUUAUUCAUUUUAUUUGAGAGAGCUGUCACAAAGAAGAUCACCAUGGUAACCUACACUGCACUAACCUCUCUGCUCUGCAGCAGGUUUAAGUCUGACGAAUCAGCUCACUGGAAUAAUGGAUGCAUCAUUUCUACAGGAUCCCAACAUGGACAGAAGUACUGUGGUUACAAUAAAAUGACAAGUAAUGAAGACAGUUGUAUACAACAGGAGAAUCACUUUGCUUCCCACAAAAAGAAACUGUCUCUCUUUUUAAAGGUCCACUGUGUAACAUUUAGGAGGAUC